CGGUGUGUUUCCUCCCUCAAAAAACUUCAAACUCUCGUACUUUUCAUCACUGACCAAAAACUGCGCACAAAUUCAAACGUCAAUGGUUCCUGCACUCGGAAUUCACUUCUUCAACUCUAACACACUCUCCCUUUCACUUUCUCUCUCAUGUCCAAAAGACUGCUCUCUCUCAUCAAACCUCGCCAAAAUCCCAACUCAAAACCAGCAAAAAUACCUCUCUAUGAACCCCAUAUAAAGAAAUUGGCCAAUGAAGCAUGCAAUUUACUUAGGACCCACCAAAAUUGGGACAAAUUAUUGGAACCCCAACUCGCUGAAGAAUCAAUUGAAGCUUCAGAAAUAGCCCAUCUUGUGUUUGAUCGAAUUCGUGAUGUUGGUUUAGGUUUGAAGUUUUAUGAAUGGUUUUCACAUCGACAAUAUUGUUCUCCUCUUGAUGGGUAUGCAUUUUCUUCCCUUCUUAAGCUUUUAGGGAACAGUAGGGUGUUUGAUGAGGUUGAAAAUGUGUUAAUUUGCAUGAAAAUUCAGGGUAUUUUGCCUACUAUUGAAGCUUUUGAUGUGUUAAUUCGAGCUUAUGCUGAUGCUGGGUUGGUUGAUAAAGCUAGGGAGUUGUAUAGAUUUGUAAAUGAUAGGUUUGAUUGUAUGCCUAGUGUUUAUGCUUGUAAUUCUUUGCUUAAUGGUUUGGUGAAAACUCGUCGUAUGGAGGUUGCACAAGAGGUGUAUGAUGAAAUGCUUAAGAGAGAUGGUGGUGGUGGGAGGUGUUGUUCGGAUAAUUGUAGUACGAGUAUCGUGGUGAGGGGUUUUUGCCAACUAGGGAAAGUUGAUGAGGGCAGGAAAAUGAUUGAGGAUCGGUGGGGAAAGGGUUGUGUGCCGAAUGUGGUGUUUUAUAAUACUCUUAUUGAUGGGUAUUGCAGGAGAGGUGAGACUGCGAGAGCGAAUAGGCUUUUACAAGAGAUGAACUUCAAAGGGUUUUUACCUACUGUGGAGACAUAUGGACCUAUGAUAAAUGGAUUUUGCAAAGAAGGGAAGUUUGACGAGGUUGAUAGAGUUUUGGAGGAGAUGAAAAUAAGGGGUUUGAAGGUCAAUGUUCAGAUUCAUAAUAACAUAAUUGAUUCCCAGUAUAAACAUGGUUGUUUAGUGGAUCCUUACGGCGUGAUUAGAAAGAUCAAGGAGAGUUGUUGUAAGCCGGAUAUCAUGACAUAUAACAUUCUAAUUUCUGGUUUAUGUAAUAUUGGGAAGGUUGGGGAAGCUAAUGCACUUCUAGAUCAGGCCAUGAAAAGGGGUUUGACACCUGAUAAAUAUAGUUACACUCCUUUCAUUCAUAUCUAUUGCAAACAAGGCGACCCUGACAAGGCUUCCUGUUUGCUUAUUGAAAUGACAGAGAGAGGUCAUAGACCUGAUAUGGUUACUUAUGGAGCACUUGUUCACGGACUUGUUGUUCGGGGUGAAAUUGAAGCUGCAUCAAACAUUCGGAAGCAAAUGAUUGAGAGGGGAGUUAUCCCUGAUGCUGGGAUUUACAAUGUUCUUAUGAGUGGAUUAUUCAGAAAAGGGAUGCUCUCUGCUGCAAAGCAGUUGUUUUGUGAGAUGCUUGACCAAAAUAUACAUCCCGAUGCAUUAGUUUAUACCACAUUGGUUGAUGGAUUUUCUAGAAACGGUAAUCUAGAUGAAGCAAAGAAGAUCUUUGAACUUGCUGUUGAAAAACAUUUGGAUCCUGGUGUUGUGGGAUACAAUGCUAUGAUUAAGGCAUACAUUAGACUUGGGAGGAUGAAUGAUGCAAUUCUAUGCUUCAAGAAAAUGUCACAGAGACGCAUCUCUCCUGAUAUAUUUACUUAUUCAACCUUAAUAGAUGGCUGUGUCAAGCAACGUGACCUUGAUAAUGCAUUGAGGAUAUUUAGAGAGAUGGUAGAAAAUAAACAUAAACCAAAUGUGGUCACUUAUACAUCUCUGAUUAAUGGGUAUUGUCGCCAAGGAGAUACAUUUGGCGCUGAGAAAACUUUCAAGGAGAUGCAAUGUCAUGGUUUGGCUCCUAAUGUAAUCACAUAUAGCAUACUUGUAGGUGGAUUUUGCAAAGGGGGCAAUCUUGUCAAAGCAGUUUCCACAUUUGAAGGGAUGCUGAUAAAUAAAUGCACCCCAAACGAUGUUACAUUCAACUAUUUGGUAAACGGAUUUACUAAUGCCGUGUCAGCUGCAAUAUCUGAGAAGGAAAAUGGAUCUGAAAAGCAUGAAAGUUCAGUCUUUUUGGAACUCUUUAAAAGAAUGAUUUCAGAUGGUUUGCCUCCAAGAAAGGCAGUAUAUAAUUGCAUUCUCAUCUGCCUUUGUCAUCAUAGAAUGCGCACAACUGCUUUGCAGCUGACACAGAAAUAUGUUAAUAGGAAUAUCCUUGAAGAAUCAUUUGUUUUUGUUGCCUUGCUUCAUGGUAUUUGCCUGGAAGGAAGGUCAAAAGAAUGGAGAAACUUGAUUACGUAUAAGUUAAACGAGCAGGAGAUCCCGAUUUCUUUAAGAUACUCAAAGUUGUUGGAUAUGCACCUUCCCAAAGGGUUAUCGCCUGAUGUUUCAUUCAUUCUGCAUCAACUGGCUGAGGAUUGCAAGUUCAACAGUCAUGAAAAAGAACAUCGUACGGCUUCAGUGAGAUAAUGUGAAGGAAACUUACAUUCUAUUCUUUAUAGACCAAUCAAUGACUUGGGUUCAAGCGAAUGCUGGUGCUUGAAUUUCCUUUGCGGACUUUCCUGUGCGCUUGUUUUCAUUUUGAUAUAGGUCUUCAUGAACUCAAUGGAUUGGUGGUUGAAGGAGACAUUUUUGGAGGAGUCGGGUUAUUGUGGUCCUAAGAUCAUCGUGCUCUGUCCUUCUCUGCGGGUGCUGCUUUUGGUCCAACUUGAUAUCCUUGGUUCCAAUUCAGAAAACAACCUUAUAGAUUUGGUAGACUGCAAGGAAUACAGAUAACAUCACCAAGAAAUAUUGCAGCUGAAGCGCGCUCUCUGUUUAAGCACCAAAUAUCGGCUACUUUAACAUGCCUGCACUUUUCAUAUGCCUUGAUUGCUUUCAUGGAUUCAGAGAAGAGCCGUGUAUACUCACGUUGGCUACAAACAGCCAUGUUCGGUUCAAACCACAGGUGCUUUGCACCUGCAACAUGUAAGACAGACAAUUGAAGUUCCACGAGGAGAUAACAAAACCGUUUUGAUUUGAACGGCCCUUCAGAAUGGAGACUUGAGCUGUUCAACCUAUUCUUUUUCUACCUCUUUCAACACACGGCCACACGAGAUUCCAUUAUAGGGGUGACCUUAAAAUAGACAGUCAAGUCAAGUCAAAUAUUUUACGGAGGCUUCAAGUGAAGCUACUAAUAUAUUAUAUACACACUUAUUUAACAAAUUUUUGGGUUUGCUAAAAUGUCAUCACAAUGUUUUACAGAGUCUUCAAGUGAAGGAUUUCUUAUACCUUAAUAAAUCUUACUGUUGUAUGGACGAUUGAUCAUUGGCGGUUAACCAGAAAUUGUUACAGGUUUCACAGA